AUGGAAUCAACCCACGAGCCCGCCGACCCCGUCGCCAAGGGCAUUCUCCCCACUGCCCGGCAGUCAUGGAAGGACCUCUUCAUCUGGAAGCAGCGCGUCGUCGUGACCAACGUCUACGGCGAGACCGCAACAGAAUGGGCAAAGCCCGUACCCCUCAAGAACCCCAUCAGCCUGAUGGCUCAGCUCUCUGGACGUGACUGGCUCAACUUUAUCGUCGGUUUUGCCGCCUGGAGUGCCGACGCCUUUGACUUCCACGCCUUGUCCAUCCAGCAGGUCAAGCUGGCGGACUACUAUGGCGUUAGCAAAACAUCAGUAUCGACAGCAAUCACCUUGACAUUAUUACUCAGGUCGAUUGGUGCCGCUGCCUUUGGCCUGGCUGGCGAUCGAUGGGGGAGAAAGUGGCCUAUGGUACUGAACAUGAUUGUGUUGGGCAUCUUGCAGAUUGCUACUAUCUACAGCUCGACUUACUCACAGUUCCUUGGUGUGAGAGCUUUGUUUGGAUUGUUCAUGGGUGGCGUGUAUGGUAACGCAAUCGCUAUGGCUCUGGAGAAUAGCCCGGUCGACGCCAGAGGUCUGAUGUCCGGUAUCCUCCAACAAGGUUAUAGCUUUGGAUACGUGUGUGCUGCGUGUGCCAACCUCGGCGUCGGUGGCGGUACCGAUAGUUGGAAGACCGUAUUCUGGAUUGCUGCUGGCUUGUCCAUCGGUGUUGGCAUCAUCCGCUGCUUCUUCCCCGAGUCCAAGCAGUUCCUUGAAGCGCGCAAGAAGGGCAAGGCACAAGCGAACCCAUCCCAGUUUUGGAAGGAGACCAAGGUGAUGCUUCGCCAGGAGUGGAAGAUGUGUGUCUACUGCUGCAUCUUGAUGACGUGGUUUAACUACUACAGCCAUACCAGCCAGGACAGCUACACAACGUUCAUGAGAACGCAAAAAGAAAUGGACAACACCGGCGCCAGCCGCGCCUCUAUCAUCAUGAAAGCCGGCGCUUGUGUUGGCGGUACUAUCAUCGGCUACCUCAGCCAAUACUUCGGGCGAAGACGCACCAUCAUCGCCUCGGCACUCCUCAGCGGUUGCAUCAUCCCCGCGUGGAUCCUUCCCACUUCCGAGCGCGCGCUGUCCGCCACCGGCUUCUUCAUGCAGUUCUUCGUCCAGGGCGCCUGGGGCGUGAUCCCCAUCCACCUGAACGAGCUUGCGCCGCCUGCCUUCCGCUCCUCGUUCCCCGGUAUCACGUACCAGGUUGGCAAUAUGGUGUCGUCCCCGUCCGCGCAGAUCGUCAAUGCCGUGUCGGAGAAGAUCCACAUCAUAAGCCAUACUGGCAAGCUGGUCGAGGCAUAUGGCCCGACUAUGGGCGUCGCUACUGCAAUCAUCGUGAUGGGCAUCGUGGUUACCACGGCGUUUGGGCCUGAGAAGAGAGGUAGAGAGUUUGAGAAGGCACUGCCGGCUGGUAUGAACCUCCAGCAGCAGCAGCAACAGAAAAAGCAGGUGGAUGAUUUGGAGGCGGGUGAUAUGGAGAAGAUGCCGAGUGGGCUUGAUGAUGAUGAGAAGAGGGAGGCAAGAGGCCAGCACUUGGAAAACGUUGCUGUCCCUGCUAAACAAUAA